ACUCAGUGUGGAGCUUUGGAGAACUGCAAGUCCCAGAGAUCAUCAGUGAACUGACAACCAGUAGUUGAAUAACAUGGCAGCGCCGUCCAGCGACCCAUGCGUCGGGGCUAUGGAGCAGUCUCUCCGGGAGCGAGCUCCUCCGCUGCUGACGGACAUGUACCAGUUCACCAUGGCCUACGCCUACUGGCGGACCGGCCGGCACCAGGAGCCCGCCGUGUUCGAGCUCUUCUUCAGGGACAACCCGUUCGGCGGCGGCUUCUCGCUGCUCGCCGGGCUGCACGACUGUCUGCUGUUCCUGCGCAGCUUUCGCUUCACAGACCAAGAUGUAGAGUUCCUGCGCUCUGUCCUGCCCCCGGCCACCGACCCCGCCUUCUUCCAGUUCCUGCGAGGCCUGGACUGUUCCGGCGUCACGCUCCGCUCCGUCCCAGAGGGCACUGUUGUGUUUGCCAGGGUGCCUCUGAUGGAGGUGGCAGGUCCACUGGCUGUGGUUCAACUGCUGGAGACCAGUUUACUGUGUCUGGUCAACUACGCCAGUCUGGUGUGCAGUAACGCAGCCCGCUUCCGCCUAGCAGCCGGCCCCAAGAGGAAGCUGCUGGAGAUGGGCCUCAGGAGGGCUCAGGGACCAGAUGGAGGGCUCACCGCCUCACGAUACACACACAUUGGAGGGUUUGACCUCACCAGCAACGUUCAGGCUGGCUUCCUGUUUGGGAUUCCAGUCGCAGGGACCAUGGCACACUCGUACGUCACUUCCUUCAUCUCUCUGGAGGAGGUCUGGCCACAAACUCUCGUGGCGUUGAACGGGGACCCCGAUCCAGUUGACAUCAUCUCGUUGACGAAGGGCUGGUUGAGUCGUGUUUGUGAGCUCCUGGGAGCCGAACCCGGGAAGGUCCACGAGGGCGAGUUGGCUGCCUUUUUGUCCUACGCCAUCGCCUACCCUCAGAACUUCCUCCCUGUGAUUGACAGCUACAGUGUUGGCUGUAGUGGUCUGUUGAACUUCUGCGCCGUGGCCUUGGCUCUGUGUGAACUGGACUACAGGCCUGUAGGAAUCCGUCUGGACAGCGGGGACCUCUGCAGGCAGUCGGUUGACGUCCGUCGUGUCUUCAGACUCUGCAGCGAGCAUUUCUCCGUCUCCGCCUUUGACUCGCUGAUCAUCGUCGGGAGCAAUAACAUCACAGAGCAGAGCAUGGCUGAGCUCAACAAGAAGGAGAAUGAGAUCGAUGCGGUCGGUGUCGGGACACAUCUGGUCACCUGCACACAACAACCCUCGCUAGGCUGUGUGUACAAGCUGGUGGAGGUGAGGGGGACGCCCAGGAUGAAGAUCAGUGAGGACCCAAAGAAGAGCACUGUCCCUGGGAGGAAAGCUGUCUACAGGCUCGUCGACGCUGAGGGCCAUCCUUUUCUGGAUUUGGUGUGUCUCGCUGUGGAGUCUCCUCCAGAGGCCGGAGUCUCUCUGAGCUGUUACCCUCUGACGUGUGAUGAUAAUAACUCCUGUGUCUCAGUCAUUCCAGCUCAGGUCACCUGUCUGCGCCAGGAAGUGUUUACCAAAGGACAGGUCACACACCCUCUGUGCAGCGCUGCAGAAACAAGAGCCAAGGUCCAGAGUUCCCUCCAGACUCUGCAUCAUCGACACAAGAGGCUGCAGGAGCCAGAGUCUUACACAGUGGCGCUCUCAGAGAAACUCCAUAACCUGGUCACAGAGAUUAAAAAAGGAAGCUCCAACAACAGCAACUUUCUUUUAGCCAACUGAAUAAAAUCCCAGACUGUUGUCAUCUCCUGUUUUUUGUUUUUUUUGGACACUCUUUUCCAAAGUGCCUUACGGUAAAAGAAGUGCAUACGUUUGUAUAUCACGGUCCCAAUGAACCCCAACAUACUCUCCAAAUAUAAGAAUAUACAUAAAUGUGUUGUGGGCUUUGCCAUUUAAAGCUAAUGUUUAUAAAACAGGGUUUAAAUGGACAGAAAUAGACUUUGGAAAGUCCAGCGGGGACAGAUGGAAGCAAAUGAAAACACAGCAUCUGUCUAAUUUAAUGGACUUUUAUUCUGAAACUGUGAAACUUUGACCUUUGUUCCCUCUUUGUCUACCUUGUUCCCUUCUCUUAAAUUGAACCAUUUGGUGCUAAUACUAGACAACUAUUAAAACUAAGUCUAUAAUGUUUUUACGAUUACUGUAAAAGGUUUGUUUACAUCAGUAAUGGGAGUAAAACAAAUAAAAACAGUUCAAAAAAUAAAA